AUGAAGUCGGCUUUUAGCUCCCUAUUAGCGGUGCUGUCUGCCCGCAGCGCACUCGCCAUAACACCCUCAUUCUGCCCAAACAACGGUGAAGUUUGUUUCCGUUGGGGUGUCCCAGAGGCUUCCGCCAGCUCAGGGUCCGGCAACUUCUACCUCCAGAUCAAGGCACCAACUUCAGCACAAUGGGCAGGACUAGGCACUGGAGCUCAAAUGGCUGGAUCUGAUAUGUUCAUCAUCUAUCAAGACGGCAACGGCAAUGUCACCCUCAGCCCAAGACGAGCUACAGGCGAGGUUAUGCCUAAGUAUACCCAACGAAAAGGGCUCGAGCUUCUCGACGGCUCUGGAGUCCAGGGCAACGAGAUGAUCGCCAAUAUCCGAUGCAACAGCUGCGUUGAGCUUGAUCUAAAGGGCACCAACCCAUGGAUAGCAGCGUGGAAGAAUGGCAAUUCCCUGGACUCGACAAGCAUGGAAGAGCGAAUUUCAGAGCACGACAAGCAUGUUGAUUUCGACGUCGAUUUCAACAAGGCCACGAUGACCUCGGACAGCAACCCUUUCACCUCGGCCAGCCAAGAUUCAAACUCUGGUUCCGAAUCUAGCUCUGGCUCUGGCUCUGGUUCUGAUGCUGUUACACAGAAAGGAAGCGGUGGCGGCAACGACAAGGUUAUGCUGGCUCACGGUAUCGUAAUGUCAAUCGUCUUCCUCGCUGGCUAUCCCCUGGGCGCCAUCCUUAUGCCCAUCCUCGGAAAGUGGAUCAUUCACGCCGGCUGGCAGGUGGUUACACUGCUCCUCAUGUGGGCUGGGUUCGGUCUCGGAUACGUCUAUGCCAAGGACUCAGGCAUGUGGGGAAACCAAGCUCACACCAGGCUCGGAACGGCCAUUUGUGCGUUGAUCACCCUUCAGCCCAUCCUUGGUUACAUGCACCACCGACACUUCCUUAGCCAUGGUGGACGAGGAAUCAUCAGCCAUGUUCAUAUUUGGUUCGGCCGUGCACUCAUCAUCAUUGGUAUCAUCAACGGUGGCCUAGGUCUCAAGCUUGCGAGCUCAUCAACUGCCUUCAUCGUCGCGUACUCUGUCAUUGCCGGUAUUGCUGCUGUGCUCUACCUCGGCGCCGUCUUUGUUGGUGAGAGGAAGAGGAAGGCUUCUCGCGUGAAGCAAAUUUCGCCUCAGAUGUCUCAGGAGGAAGGACGAUAA